AUGGUGAUGGUGGUUGAUAAUGGACAAAUUUCUCGAGAUGCCUACAGAAAAUUAACUACAAUUGAAGAUGAAUUACCACGUGAAUGGACAAUUGCUGAGAAACGAACACAAAUUAAUAUACGGAUGAAUGAUAGAAUUAAGAUAAACACAGUUAUAAUGCCACAACAUAUGGAUAUAAAUUCAAAUGAAAGUUAUGACAUUUUUGAUCCAGAGGUUAUUGAAGAAGUAACAACGUCAGUUGGAAAAGGUGGUAAAAGAAGUAUAAAAGAUGUAUUAAAAUUUAUAGUACCAAACUUAAUAAAGAGAGGUGUUCUUAAUCUUCACGAACCAAUUAUUAGCAUAAGAAUCUCUGGAGAUGGUAGAAAUGUUGGAAAAAAAGUAAAACAUGUUAUGAUCACUUUUGUGAUCUUAGAAGACAUUGAAAAUAUACAUAAUCCUAAUUAUCACUAUACAGUAGUAUUGUACCCUGGUUUAGAAAAUUAUGAAUCCUUAGAUAUAUUAACAAUUUCAUUUCGAGAAGAAUUACAAGAAUUGAAAGAAAUAGGAAUAAACAUUAAUGGAGUUAAUUGGACGAUUAACAUGUAUUUUAGCUCAGACUGGAAAUUUCUUACAAUUUGCUUAGAAAAUUGGAUCCCUGAUAAGCUCUACAUUAUGUUACGUAUAACUGAUAGACUUUGGAGUUUAUUAUUGCAUGAAAUUGAAGAAACUGGUUACUUUAACGAUGUUGCUAGAGAAAUUAUAGUUAAAGAAAUGAAUAGAAUCAAAGUAAAUUUUCAUUUUUGGCAGGAAAAAGAAUGUCAAUCUUGGAGUUUCACUUCACUUAUGGGCUAA